AUGUCAACACGAGGUCCAGUUGGUUGCGUAUGGAUUGUUGUCACUGUGGUGGUUAUAUUAGCAGCUCUUGUUUGCAAUCUGAUUGCCAUUUCAACAAAUUUUUGGCUUAAGUCUAGUACUUCUUCAAAAAGUGAUUUCCUGAAUGUGGGAUUAUGGGUGGCCUGUUUCCACGAUUAUGUUCAUACACAUGAAACUCCGAGUCGAACAUACAAUGGCUGUCACGCCAUCAACUCUGAUUAUUUUAAGGACUUGCAGCAUUGGCUCUUACCACCCUGGCUGGUGGUUUGUCAGUUCAUGGCUCUCAUUGGAUUAAUUCUGCUUAUCAUUGGUUCAAUCUUUGCUCUAUUUCUACUGGCCUGGAUCUUAUGUAAAUGUAUUUGUGGACAGGAAACUUCAAAUGAAUGUUGCCAGAGAUGUCUAGUUUAUACAACUCCCAUCAUAAUGUUUGUUGCAAGUUUGUUUAUGGUGAUGGCUGCUACUGCCUUCGCUGAUAAUGCAUUCAAGUUACAGUGCAAGGAUUACUGGCUUGGUGGGGACCCGAAUAACAACCGCUUAUCAUAUUCUUGGGGCUUUGAAAUUGCCUCAAUCAUUCUGACGAUCAUAUCCGGGGGGCUGCUGACAUACAUAGGUGUAAAAACAGCCCACAAUUACAAACCAUACACUCUAACCAAUUCAUAA